AUGUCCGACAACGCCCCCGUCAUCAACCAUGCCGCCGCUCAGAGUAGCACAGCCUCUCGGAAGAGAAAGCUGCAUAGGGCAUGUGAUUACUGUCGUGAACAUCGUAUAAAAUGUCAAUAUGAUCGACCCGAUAUAUGUAAACAUUGCUUAGACUGGGAUAUCCCUUGUGAAAAAGUGGCUUCUCCUCCCAGGGACACUCGCCCUCGCAAGCGCUUGAUGUCAAAGAGUCUCGAAGCCGAGGAAGUACAGGACAUAGAACCAAUCUAUCUCGGAGGAACAAGCAUCUCACAGCUGGUUUGGUUCUUCUGCCCAGCGACCGCAAAAAGCAAACUUCACGCACUGGAUGUCAAGUAUGAUCUCUACAGAGGAGCUCUUUGUGACAGCGACGAACAGGGAUUACUGGUGGGGAGGGAUCCAAAGGUUACGAGGCGAGAAAGGCUGGGAGCUCCUUUGCUCAAUACGGCUUUCGCCAAGCUGGCGGAAAGUGUCGGAGCCGAGACCGUUCUCCAGAGUCUGUAUGAUACGGCUUCUGAAAGGAUCAUCCCUAUCUUCCCGGUCAUCUCGAAACAUGAGAGCUUGCUCAAUGAUCAGCCUGAUGAGAAGUAUUGGGAACGCUUUGUCGAGCUGCACCACAAUUCCGCUCCACCAACGCCUCUUCCAGGAAUAGUCCGAAUCAUUCAUUGCGCAUUGGCAGCCAUGUCCAGAGAAGUCCCUGCCGACAUAAGACAAAACAUACUUUCAACCUUACACAACCGCCUGGCCGGACCGGAGCUCGACAGAAUACGUCGUACAUCGACCAUCGCGAGUGUACAGGUGCUGGUAUCUCUCGCAAUGUGUGAUGAGCUGAGCGGCAAUGGGAUUAGUUUUACUUGGUUGCAGCUGGGAGAAGCGAUUCGUAUGGCUCAAGAGCUUGCUCUGCACAGAAAUAUAUCCCUCGACCUCGUACCACUUGCCCAACGUAAUCGACGUGCCAGAGUUUGGGGCGCGUGUAUAUGCCCACAAGCGUAUCCAGAUCACGUCAAAGAUCCCUCGUCUGGAAGGUGGUCACCAUCGUUUAGAUUUCUAGCUGAAAUGACUAAAAUGAGUGUCUUGCUUGGCCGUGUCUACAAACUGACAAGCUCGCCAUAUGGUCUUUUCAAGGCGGAUGAUGCGUCACUGCUAAUCGCUCAGACCGAGAUUGACAUGUGGAUCGCUCAAUUACCCAAAGCAUGGCCGUACUCUCCUACGAUGCAAACGUAUGACGCUGCAGAGCUGAUCAACGUGUUCUGUGUCGCGCUCGAGUUCACUCUGCUCCGACCCUUCCAAUGGCCGGUUGGCGCUAUCCCUCAUCAUCUCGUCUACCGCCCAGCACCUCAGCGGUGGUCGGUUUUGGUCAAUAGAGCACGUCAAGCUACUAUUUGGGCAGAAACGGCCUCAGGGAAGUUCUGCCUAGAUGUAUGGUCUUUCGUGACGUAUCCUAUCAUAUGCGCUUUGUUUGUCCACAUAAGGAUGUACGAACAGAACCAAACCGAAGAAGCCAGAUCAUUCAUCGAUCGGACCGACGACAUCAUACAAGGAUGGGCAGCAACUCUACCUGAUAGUCCUUCGCGAUCCAAGAUCGCCGCGAUGACCAGGCUGCUCCGGGAAACAGCUGGACCCAGUAAUUCUUCGCCUACGAACUCACUGGAUAUCAUGACACCGGGUGGUUCAUUGGCACGCAAUUGGCUGGAGACGGUAAGCAGCGGUAUGCCAAUGCCGAAUCUGGGUAUGCAGAAUUACCGAAACAACAAUGCAGGGAAUGGUAUAUUGGGAGAGCUUGACCUAGAGCUUGGACCCGGUUUGGGUGCGUUUGAUGGGACUGAUUGUGGUUUCGACUUUGCCAUGUAG